AUGUUCGACGAUCUCCAGAACGUGCUCCUGUUCCUGCUCAUUGCCAUCACCGGCCUGCAACUCACUGUCUUUCGAGAUCCUGAACCUCUGCUGCAUCCUAUCCUGCUCGGCAGGCAGGCCCAUCCGAGCAAGACAAGAAGACGAUAUGAAAGCGCUGUCUGGACACACGCAAGCUAUAUACAAGGCUUCGGACAGCUCGCCGCAAGACCGGUCGGCUGGCUCAAAACGGUCAAAGACCUCCUCGAGCGAGCACCACCAUCUGCGCUGCUCGAUGACGCCAAGAGUGCUCGGCCAGCGUCUGAGCAGGCGCAGACAGUCCAAGUCGCACGUGAUAGCGAAGCGAUCACACUCGAGAAUAAUGCCGAGUUCACACAGAUGAAUAUGACAGCAGGCUUGCAUGCGUUGAUAUCGUCCCUGCCAGGCUACGCAACUUUGCCACGGUCAGCUGCAGGCUUGCCUGCCUCUUCUGGCCCGAUUGUCACGAGCAUGUCACCGAAAAGCACAUAUGGCUGCGCACUGGUGCUUCUCGCGCUCGCUUCAGGCGACGCCCUCGUCCGAGUGCAAAGCAUGGACGACCUAUACGGCAACUUGUUUGUCGAGCCUGCGACAUUAGCGCCAACCCUUGCGAAGCUUCGUGCGCAGGUGAAUCAUAGCUCGAUUGUGAAGCUAGCGGUCAAUCGUAAGAUGGCGUUGGCUAAGCAAGGCCUUCUUACUCGUACCUCGUCAUGGGAUCGACUUUACCUCAGCAGCUUUAGGCGACUCAACAGGGUCGAUCGGCUGCGAUCCAUUGUACUCGUCUGCACAUCUUCCGACAGAGUAAAGCAGACUGAUCUGACCUUUCUGCGAGCCUUACUCGGCUGUCCGGUCAUGCUUUCUCUGACCCAUCCCAACGUCUUCGGCCCUGUCGCAACGAUGCAUUACUAUGACCUGCAAGAUUUCCCCUUUGAUGCCAAUGAUGCGCCGACAGGCGUGCAAGCCAGCAAUAUCGAAAUCCAAUUGACCGACGUUGCCGACACGGAUGCCGACGAAGCAGAGGUGAUGCGCGGCAAGUUGCGGCUGCGUGGGCCUGCAGUUGCACCGAAAGCAAUGCAGAACGGCUGGUCAGAGACAGACAUUCAUGCCGAGAUCAGAACAAAUGGGACGCUGAAAGUCAUCCAUGCACUGUAG